AUGGAGGUAGAACCUCCGGUCGCGGCGCCAAGUAGCCCAUUGGUCGACGAGGAUUUUGUGAUGGUUGAGGCUGGCGAGGCGCAAGGUGCGGCGAAAGAUGCCAAUCCGGCAGCGGGACCCCCUCCUGCGCAAGUAGCGGCGGAUGAAGACAUGGUGGUAGAGAUCCAGCAGGAGAAGAGGCCAGAGAUCAAGCUGGAAGAUCUGUUUGACGGCAUGGACUCGGACGACGACGAUUUUCAGAGCUCCAGCAACCCUCUGAAUGUGAAAGAACCUGUGGAGGAAGAAGCCUACGAUCCUUCAUUUGAGCUUUUGAGAAUCUACUACCAGAGAUUCUUCCCCUGGCGCUAUAUGUUCCAAUGGCUGAAUCACAGCCCAGUCCCUACAAACGAUUUCAAGCACCGCGAGUUCAGUUUGUGGUUGCACAAUGACGCCGUCAUGCGGUAUCAGUCAUAUACCACAUCCGACCUAUUUCGAAAGGACGUACUGCGCCUGAUGCCGAGGCGUAUAGAAAUCGGCCCCGUGUACACGGCAGACCCGAGAGACCGCAAGACGUUCCGCAACUCGACGGCAUUCGUCCCCAUGGCGAAGGAGCUGUGUUUCGAUAUCGACUUGACUGACUAUGACGAUAUCCGGACAUGCUGCGACAAGGCCAACAUCUGCAACAAAUGCUGGAGGUUCACCACCAUGGCCAUUAAGGUCCUGGACACGGCGCUGCGGGAGGACUUUGGCUAUCACCACAUCCUCUGGGUCUAUUCGGGUCGUCGAGGUGUCCAUGCCUGGGUCUGCGACAAGCAGGCGAGGACUCUACAAGACCACCAGAGGAAAGCCAUCGCAAGCUAUUUUGAGGUUGUGAGUGGCAAAGCAGGCGGCAAGAGGGUUAACAUCCGUCGGCCACUGCACCCCCACCUCUCACGAAGCAUCGACCUCCUCAAAGAGCACUUCCAGCACGACGUCCUCGAAACCCAAGACCCCUGGGCCUCCCCCGAAAAAGCCGAUGCCCUCCUCCUCCAACACAUCCCAGACCCGGACCUGCGCGAGGCGCUCCGCAAGAAGUGGGACGCCUCGCCCGGCCGCCCGUCCUCCUCCAAAUGGGCCGACAUCGACGCGCUAGCGCAAACGGGCGCCGUCGGCGCGGCCUUCGACCCCAAGGAUCUCCUCGACGCCAAGCAAGACAUACUCCUCGAACACGCGUACCCGCGCCUCGAUAUCGCCGUCUCCCAGAAGCUGAACCACCUGCUCAAGUCGCCCUUCGUCAUUCACCCGGGCACGGGUCGCGUCUGUGUGCCGAUUGACAGAGAUAACCUCGACGGGUUCGACCCGCUCAACGUGCCGACGCUGCAGGGGUUGGUGAGGGAGGUGGAUGCGUGGGGAGGGGGUGAGACGACCGAUGGGGGCGUGGCGGGCGCUGCGGAUGGCGGCGCUGGUGGUGGUGAUGGUGGUGGUGGUGGCGCCAGCAGCCAGGAGGUGAAGCACGUGCAGGACUGGGAGAAGACGAGUCUGAAACCAUAUAUUGAGUAUUUCAGGUCGUUUGUGACGGCGCUGAUGAAGGAGGAGAGGGAGGCGGCGGUGAAGAGAGAGCGUGUGGAGGAUGGGGACGUCGAGGUUAAAGUUGAGUCGCUGGAUUUCUGA